AUGAAGUCCUCAAUCUGUACCGAGAACAUACAGCUUAUGCCAUUAGCGUCACAGGCCGCUGACACUUUGAAGCGGUCAGAUGAUGACAGAAAACCUCUUCCCACGCUGAAGGAAUGCUCACCCACCUGGACUUGGCGCGUUGGUGUGCACUUGCUACUACUUGUGGUUCCUACUUCCUAUCUUGCACUACUUGGAAUCGUUGGACAACUUAAUGGUCAGAAGCAAAGCUCGUUCGGGGACGAUAUACUGGAAGUCCUCCAGUUAGCCGCAACUCUUUGGCCCAUCUCUUUUGCCGCCGUACUUGGCCCGUUCCUUAAGACACUGGCUUUAUUUAAAGCUGAAAGAGGAGCUACCGUUGGCUCACUGGAAUUCUUACUCUCCGGCCAAACAACUGUCGCCGCUUUCAAGAAUCUCUUUACAUUGCAACACUUCAACUUCUGGACGAUAGGGACUGUAGCAGUUUGGUGUCUUAGUCCACUGGGCGGCCAAGCGAUAGUACGCUCCCUGAGUUUGAAGAUAAACAUGGAAAUUAGCGAGAUACCUGCGAUACACUACUUUUCCCAGGUGCCACUCAAGUACUUCACGCUGCCCACGAGGAACUUCAUGGGCGACAUGAACGCAUUUGGAACUGUUAAUGCCUCCAUGUCGACAAUUCCUGAUUUCCGAAGAGUGGUUAUCUCCGCACUAUCUGGUCCCGAUAUCCUGGUAUCGCAUGCCAAUCAGUCCAACAUUGGAUUUGAAGCAGCUUUGUCGGGAAUAGGCGGUUAUCCGCAGGCAGCUCGCCUUGGUAGGCAAGACAUGUGGCACAAUGUUCGCGUUCCCUUCAUGGAAUACCUCGAUGGAUAUGAUUCCAGGAACUCGGAUGUGUGGACGCCAGUUCCACAGGACAAAAUCACUCCCUUUUCCUCCUUCAUCGGAAUCCCUAUACGUGAGGGUUCUCGUCCAUGGGCAGGCAAUUCGAGUAUGAUUUUGCAUUCUCGUUAUCAGACCCUACAAUGCACCAAUCGUAUCAAUGGAACGAAUUGGAUGCAAGCCGAGAAAUACCCUCCAGUUUACUUUCAUAAAAACAUUCUCAACGCGACCGUUGGUGCUCCUGAACAUUUAGACUACAAAGGAGGGCGUAAUACUGGGACGAAGCCAAGUCUGUGGCUGGAUUUCCUGAAGAACGACGAAACGAACGCUCAUUUUAAUAGCUCCAAGACGCUCGAGCCGUCGUCUGAGCUGCAACUACUUGUUGGAGGCCAAUGCCUUGACGAACUUGGAAGUCAGUAUACCGGUAUUCGUAUUUGCAACGUCAGUACGUCGUACGUGGAUAUUGCUGUCGAUUGCACAAGGUUAGAUGACAUCAGCGACCUUAAAUGCGAAGCCACAAAGAUCCGACGAAGUGCAAUCAGGGAGUUCUCCUCAAUAUAUUCUGACUUAUCGGAUUACCAGGUUGCGAGCGGAAUAUCAUUUGAGAUGCCGUCCAUUACGGCGACUUACAAUCCCCUUCUGCCUAGCCUCUUGGAAAAAUACAUAAGGAAUCCUCCCACUGCUUUCGAACUCGGGAACCAUCGUAAGGACAACAUGUAUGCAGCCUGUUAUCCAUACGUAUCCAGACGGGACUUCGAGGCCAGACUUGCCACAGCGCUCAACACAUUCAUUAUGGCGUCAUAUAACUACAGCGUUCUGACAGGUACAGAUGGUACAAGCCUCAAGCAGCGGAAUGACAUGUGGCAUGACUUUACCGCCACUUGGAAAGAGUACAGAGAGCCCGUGUAUACUCUGAACAUAGCAUGGUUCUCCAUUUCCAUUGGAUCAACUCUCAUUCUACUGGCUUGCACUGCUUCCAAUGCAAUUAUCAGACAUCUCAUCAUAGCCCCGGACUUCUUGGGUAGUGUCGAUGGGCUCAUACGCGAUUCUCCCUUUGUCAAGAUUGACAAUGAGUCUUCAGAUGUUAGCAGUGGGGUAAGCUCACAGGAUCGAAUCAAGUUCACAAAGAACCUCCAUGUACAGAUACAGGACGUUCAGCCAGAUGACAAUAUGGGGAAGAUUGCACUUACGUCGGAUGUCCGGGGGUCGAAACUUGAUUGGAUGCGAGUGUACACAAACUAA